GCAGCACGCGAGGGCAGGCCUGGGGCUCGGCGGGUCUCCUCGUGGCUGCUGGCCCUGUCCUUUCGCCACCGCGGCCCCGGCUGCGCCCGCGGGAAACUUUGCCCCGCGAAGUCGUCUGCCCUCCUGGCCGCACCGUGACAGUUCACCCAACGCCCCCCGGGGCCCCGCACAGCGCGCGUGAUUGCCACGCCGUCCCGCACGGUGCAUCCGCGGCGCCGGGCCGCCAGGAUGCGCUAUGCAGACCCCUCAGCCAACCGGGAUUUGUUGGGGAACCGAACUUUGCUGUUCAUUUUCAUCUGCGCCUUCGCCUUGGUGACCUUGCUGCAGCAGAUCCUGUACAGCAGGAGCUACAUCAAGAGAGGCUUCCAGUUUGCUUGGCAGAGGGGAGACCAGCAGGCCAAUUGGACUGGGCUCUUUAAUGACAGCGACAGCCUAUCAGAGCAGAGCAUCAGUGACUUCAGAUCCAGGUACUUUGAAUUUUACAAGGGGCCUUUAGAAUUUAACUCCACGAGAUGCCUGGAGCUGAGACAGGAGAUCCUGGACGUGAAGGUGCUGUCCAUGGUGAAGCAGUCUGACCUGUUUGACAGAUGGAAGAGCCUCCAGAUUUGCAAGUGGGCAAUGGAUAGCUCUGAAGCCAGCCUGUUCAAGUCCACCUUAUCCAGGUGCUGCAAUGCCCCUGGCUUUCUCUUCACUACCCAGAAGAACACUCCGGUAGAGACGAAUCUCAGGUAUGAGGUGGACUCCAGUGGCUUCUACCACAUCAAUAAGGAGAUCUUCCAAAUGUUUCCCAAGGAAAUGCCCUACUACCGGUCUCAGUUUAAGAAGUGUGCUGUGGUGGGCAACGGCGGCAUCUUGAAGGAUAGCGGCUGCGGGAAGGAGAUCAACAGUGCCGACUUUGUCUUCCGGUGCAACCUGCCCCCCAUCUCAGGGGAGUAUGCCGCAGAUGUGGGGGAGAAGACAGAUGUUGUCACAGUGAACCCCAGCAUCAUAAUUGACAGGUUCCACAAGCUGGAGAAGUGGCGGAGACCCUUCUUCAGGGUGCUGCAGAUCUACAAGAAUGCCUCGGUGCUGCUGCCUGCGUUCUAUACCAUGCGCAAUACCCUCGUGUCCUUCCGCGUCAAGUACUUGCUGGACGACUUCGGGUCACAGCAGCAGGUCUAUUUCUUCCACCCGCUGUACCUGUCCAGUGUGACGCGCUACUGGCUCAGCUUGGGUGUGCGCGCAAAGCGAAUCAGCACUGGGCUCAUCCUGGUCACCGCGGCGCUGGAGCUCUGCGAGGAGGUGCACCUGUUCGGCUUCUGGGCCUUCCCCAUGAACCCCUCAGGCUUCCACAUCACGCACCACUACUACGACAACGUCAAGCCCAAGCCCGGCUUCCACGCCAUGCCCUCCGAGAUCUUCGCCUUCCUUCACCUGCACAGCCGCGGCAUCCUCCAAGUGCACACAGGCACCUGCAAUUACGGCUGACAGUCAGGCUCAUCAU